ACGCAACUGCGGCCGCCAUUUUGUUCUGCGGUGGUGGUAUUUAGAGCGCAGCGCCGAGCGGAGCCGGUGUCUCCCGAAUUAACGCCGUCCCACCUGCCUACCCACCCUCCAGUCCUUUACCCGCUACCCAGCCCCGUGCCCUUGCCUUUCUUCCCUCGCCCCGUCCACCUUCCGGUCUACCGAUCCCGCGCAGACAUGUCGGAGAGUCCCGAAUACGCGUCCUUCUUCGCCGUCAUGGGCGCCUCAGCCGCCAUGGUCUUCAGCGCUCUUGGUGCGGCUUAUGGCACAGCAAAAAGUGGCACUGGUAUUGCAGCCAUGUCCGUUAUGAGACCUGAGCUGAUCAUGAAGUCAAUCAUUCCCGUCGUCAUGGCUGGUAUCAUCGCUAUCUAUGGUCUGGUGGUGGCUGUCCUCAUUGCCAACUCUCUGACACCAGGAAUUACCCUGUUCAAGAGCUUCCUUCAGCUGGGAGCAGGCCUCAGCGUGGGCCUGAGCGGGCUGGCAGCUGGCUUUGCCAUUGGCAUUGUAGGUGAUGCUGGUGUUCGGGGGACAGCGCAGCAGCCCCGACUAUUCGUGGGGAUGAUCCUGAUUCUGAUCUUCGCUGAGGUGCUUGGCCUGUACGGCCUGAUUGUGGCCCUCAUUCUCUCUACAAAGUAGACCCUCUUUUCCCCUUCUUCCCAGUGCCCUGCCCCACCCCCAUUCACCCCUGCAGCCACAGAGUAUGAUGUAAAGACCUAUCUUGAACCACCCUAUCCCUCCCAAUUCGCUCCAGAACGAAUGGCCUGACACUUGGUGCAGUCGUCCAGUCGGUAGUUGGUCUUGUAAAUGCGCAAUGUCUUAGUGACUCUUCUGUCUGUGUCGCUCCGCACCAGAUUGGAUGGUGCCUGAGCUGGGCCCAACAGGGGCUGAGGCCUCCUGGGGCUGGCCAAGCAGCCAUGCAAUCUCCCUACCCAUUUGCUGUUAGUACUCUGUGUAUAAAGAUGAAUUAGAAUUGUCAUUUUUCUCUUCACUGGAUGUUUAUUUAUAAAGAUUUGACAUGUUCAUAACGUUUAUGGAGCAAGAAUUUUCAAUUUCCCAUGCUAUAUAUUAAUCUUAAAUAUAGGUAGAUUAUUGCACUGUGGGGUUAAAUGUCAAGUGCUGAGAAUUCCUUGGAUGUGAUAAUUUGAAAUUCAAGAUUUCUGUUAGUGUCCUGGUAUUAGUAAGAAUUGUGUGAUUUGGGAACAUGUUGAACAUGUGUUUCCUGUGGUGCUGUGUAGCAAGGGGCCAGGGCUUACAGAGAUGUUUCCAAAUAAAAUUCUGACUGGA